AUGGGCAAUCAACCAUCGACCGAGACGCAGCCCCGUCGAGCGCCGCAGAAGCUCUCCAAACCUCGAGUGGGAAACCACACUGCAUCGUCGGCAGGGGGCCUCCAUCCUACGACCGGCCACCAUCCCCAUCCCGCCAGUGCAUCAGCCCCAGCUAUCGGACGAUUCUCCAAUUCGUACCUCGUAGCAGGCGCGCCGCCUGCCGAGGCCCAAGAGCCAAUGGUCGGAGGGGUCAAUGAAACAAUCAUCGAAGAUGCUGAGCUGAUGACAAAUGUCGAAGAGGGAAGGCGGACUGGAUUAUUCCGUUCUUCGACAGUCCAGCCGGAGAGGGUCACUCGACGUCAGAGCACGGGGCUGAUGCCAUCCAAAACGUUCCAUGGCAUCGAGAGGCCCAAAUCGGUGGUGCAUAAAGCUCCGACCAGCCCAUUGACAUCCGUCACGUCCUUUGAGCAGCUUCGUCUCGAUCGCCGGGCAAGCACCUACAAUCCGACACCACUCGACCAGUACCGCCUAUGCCGGACCCCGGACAACGCGAAGGUGACCUCGCCCGUUACGAUUCAGCCGGAUAUUCCCGAGGCGCUGCCCACCAUCGGCGCGAACCAGGAGGCCAUGAAUGGCCUGCUAGGUCGCUCAGAGUCCGAGGUCUCGCUCUACGCCCCCGUGCGUCGUCGCUCAGCGAUCCAUACGCCUGGGGUUGCAACACGGUCCGAAGCCGAGCCAAAAGUUGAGGAGCAUCCCGUGCCCAGGAAACGGAGUCACCGGAACAGCCUUCCGUCACGAUGCAAUUCACUCGAACAGCCGCCGACGGUGCGACCGCACUCCAUGUUGCCCAGCCCCUCUUGUGGCACCCCCGACCGUGUGGCUACCCCGUCGGAGAAUGACUACAAGUCGCUGGGUGCAAUUAGGUUCGGCUCGUUGCGGGUCACGAAUGGGACGCCCGUGUCAAGUCCUGGGGAUGGAUUGACCCCCAGAGACGAAAUUAAUCUGAUGGAAACGUCGCCGUUCGGGCCAGCGCCACAGGAUCAUGAUCCUCCGAUCACCGAGAUCCAACAGCCCAAGCCAAUCUCUCCGCUCGUCGCCUCUUUUGGCCAGUCUUCAAGUUCGCCCACCGAAUCGAACCAUUCGCCCUUCUCGCAACCAAGCGAUGGAGCCAAGGGAAAUGACGCCACUCUACUCACGCCGGUCACCCAGCCCUCUUUAUACGAGGAUAAUGACGUCCAUUUGGAGAUGGGGCGCACAUCCACAGAGGCGCCGGUGAAGCAGCAAGCGGUGACUGAAGAGGUGACCCGCCCUGUCAGUGGAGCUGGCUCCAAGUCUUCCUGCUCAAGCUCGACAGGCCCCCCCUCGAAAGCGGACAGUGGCUACGGAUCGAGUCUUUCUUUGAAAUCAUUUCUUGGGUCGAGGAAGAAGAAGAAGGAGCAGCAGCAGCAAGCGAAACAGGCGCAGGCGCAGGCGCAGCAAAACGCGUCGCAGGAACAGCCUCAGGUGCUGGAGAAGCGCCCGACUUUGCAGCACCACUCGCCCUACCAGCCUUCGACAGCACAGUUUCCAAGUCCCGAAACAGGGCAUGAGCCUUCCAUUGUCGCACCUGAAGAAGAAGAAUCACAGGUCAAGCCCAUUUCAAGGACUGGUAGUUUCAUAGGCUCUUUCAAGUCUAGGAAAGCAAAAGAAUCCCGCACCAAGGUCUGCCAUUCUCGGGGAUCUUCAUCGCCAGAGGUUCGCUUCCGUCAAGAGCCACUGGAGACAGCGAUCAUGUUUGAACCGACGACGGUGUUCGAUGCUGAGGAGACCAAGGCAAAGACAAUCACCAAGCUUGUCAACUCUGCCCGCCGUCGCAGUCUCCCGAACAUGGCCUCCGGCGAUCCAAACAGCCUGGAAAGAAUACCAUCCAUGCCUUCGGACGCCGGUGCCAAAGUCGAAGAGCACAGUCGUAACUUUGAGGCUUCCGCAGCGAGGUUCUCUCUCAAAGCUACCCCACAGAUGCCGACAGAAAUUGUCGUCGAGAGCCGUGAAGUCAGAGAGCGUUCGCCACAGGCCGCGACCCUUCGCGGAUACCACCGACCACGGAAGUCUCUCGGUUCGGAAAGUAUGCAACAACGCAAACCUGGCCGCACACCAUCUGCGCCUUCAAGUCGGUCCAUGGGUAAUCGCAAAUCAAUCCUUCGAAAAGUGAGGCCUCAGACCGACCAUUCAGACGACGAUGACGACUUCCUCCCAGAUUACGUCCUCGGGUACGAGGCACAGGUAUCCAGCAUCGAUAACAUACGUCGGAGCGCUGGCGACAGUGCUUUUGAUGCGGCAUUUGCACCACUGCCUCCCACCCAUGUGCCCUCGAAGCCACCGCGGAGAGCACCACACACGAGAACGAAGACACCCGAAGACCAAGCUCCUCACGGCUAUCCCCGUCUCCGCACCAGGUCUUCAGCGCCCGACUUCCUUGAGACUGUCUCAGAACCUGCCAGCCCUGGCUCUGUAAGCUGUUACUCGCAGAAGCAGCCCAAGACUCCGCCCCCGAUCAGCAUACGUACCCGCGGUUCCAAAAAGAAGCGCAGAGCAAAGUCGGGACGGCCGCCGCCGCUAUCUCCCUACGCGGCUACCCCAUCCUUCCUACAUCUCACUUUGAGGACCCCCGAGCACGGCUCGACUAUCAUAUGUCGCAAGGCCACAGACUGCCCUCGGGCCAACCACUGA